AUGGCUUCUCUCGGAGACCCUCUGCCUGAAGCAGAUCAGGCAACUAAAGAGCCAGUAGAAGAUAUUGAUCCUAGCACUUUAUCUUCAGAAGAAACAGAAAAAUACCCUGUUCAAGAUACAGCUCUACCAAAAGAUGAGGAGUACCAAACAGAAAAGGUGACGUUGGAAAUAGCAACCAUUAACAUCAGAAGUCUAACCUCAGAUUCGGGCCUGAUACAACAGCCAGAAGAUGAUGACAGCCAGAGUAGUUCUGGUGAAUCACCUACAGCUCUGAAGAAGUCGCAUACCGAAAAUGGCACCUGCUCUUUAUGUAUGUCUCGCUCACCAACCAUCAGUGACUUGCUCAAUGAUGAGGACUUGUUGUAUAUGAUGAGGAUAAAGUUGGAUCCAUCUCACCCUACAGUGAAAAACUGGAGAAACUUUGCAAGCAAAUGGGGAAUGACCUAUGAUGAAUUAUGCUUCCUGGAACAGAAACAGCAGAGUCCCACCUUGGAGUUUUUGUUACGGAAUAGCGACAGAACUGUGGAGCAGCUAAUCGAUCUUUGUAAAUUAUAUCAAAGAGUUGAUAUUGAGAAGAUGCUGCUGAAGUGGGUGGAGAAAGAAUGGCCAAAGAGAGGGCAUGGAACCUUUCAGAAUGACUUUUAAAUAA